GUGUGCGGCUGCGGCGGCCGCAUCGUGUGCACGCCAAAUUCUCUCGCCUUCCCUUCCCGUUCCCGGGCCUCCCUCCCUGCUCCCUAGUAGUCUCUCUACCUUAUCUCUCCCGGGUUGGCCUCUCUACACCUUCGCGCCUGUGGCUAGCAGCUAGCUAUCAGUAUCACCUUGCUCCAAAAGCUCGCGUGCAUCUCCGCUUACUUCAAAACCCGAAUUCUUGUUGGUUUCUCCAGUCCCUUCCCGAUCGACCCCCAGCCGUCGUGCCGCCAAUGAACAUCUUGAACCAACCCAUCCACCCGGCCGCGGCCAAGGAGAUCGGCGGCGGCGUCCAGCUGGUGCCGGCGUCGGUCCGCUUCGACGGCACGACCACGGCGCCCGCCGGGCGCUCCCCGAGGUGGCAGGCGCAGACGCUGCGCCGGGCCAGCAGCUACGUGGGCGCCGACGAGGCCGCCGCCGCCUUGAAGAGCGCGUCCAGCUCUACGGCGGGCGCGAAGGCGCAGCAGGCCGCGGCGGGGCCCAUGGUGGCGCCGUUCCAACCGGUGACGCUCAACUUCCUGCGGUCGCUCCUGGACAGGGAGAGCAUGACCUCCAUCGCGGUGGAGGAAGACGGCGGCGGCGGCGAGGGCGGCGUGGCGUCGUCUCCUCCGAUGCACGCGCUGCGGGUGGUGGUGUCGUCCGCCGUGGCGCUGGACGCGCGCCAGACGGAGCUCAUCGCGCGCAAGAUGCGCCGGAUCACCGGGUUCGUGAACCUCGCCAUCGAGAACGUGGUCGACCCGUCGCUCAUCGCCGGCUUCGUCGUCUGCUACGGCCUCGGCGACUCCCACGCCAUCGACCUCAGCGUCAAGGGCCGCCUCGCCGCGCUCAAGAGCCGCGUCGACUCCUUCGACCGCGACGCCACUGCAAUGAGCUGAAUCGAUGCGUCCGAGUCCAUCCAUGUCCAUCCCAUAUUCGCCCCCCGCGCGCGGCUUCAUCAUAUCCCAUGAAUGAAUGAAGCCUAUACACACAGAUCAAACGCCCAAGAACAACAGUUUUGCUAUGUACUCCUAACGUUGUUGUAAAUCGCGAGACACUAGCUGCUACUACUGCAUACCAAAGUUGUGUAUGUAAUUUUUGCCUGCCGGAAUACGGUCGACGCGGAAACAGCAGGCUCUACGGUUUGUACCUAUAUGCUGUUGUAAAUUUUACAGCUCUGUAAUGUAAGAGCAGAGGCUGAUGCGAGAAACCUGGCUUAAUUCUCCUCU